GAAUUGAAACCGAAAAUAGAAAGGAGUGGUAUUUCACAUCACAAUCUGUGAAGGCUGUCUGCGAUGAAUUUUACAUAGAGAAGAUUUAUUUCUGUGAUGAAUGGGUGCGAUCAGUAGUACAACUGCUGAACCAAAAACGAAAAUGGAAUUUCCGAAACAAAAGAACUCGGAACUUCCUCAAUAGAACGAAACCGAAAGUAAAAAGGUUUUGUAAUGACUGAAGAUGAAUUGUACAUACAAUGAUUUUACAGAAGACAUUCAGACAUUGUCGUAGCAGCUAAGUAAACCUAAGAUGAGUCGGAACACCGUAAACGAUGUCUUCACCGUCAAUGAGAACGUACAAACGGGGAAGUACUGCUCGAGACAUCAUUCAAAGUCGCACAUAGAGUUACCUUGUGGGGAUACGUAUUGCAUGUAUUGCCUUAAAGAUGAGGUGCAACGAUACACUUGGAUGAUGCUGACUUGCAAACAUUGCCAAAAAGAAAUUUCAAAAGAGCAGAUAGCGAUAUUUCUUCAAAAGGAAGUGUUUCAAGAAAAUCCGUUCAAGUUGACUUUGAACCAUCACCCCUCAAAAAAUUGCUCUGUUCACAAACAUGAUUUGAUUCAAUUUGAAUUGCCCUGUGGCCAAACCGUGUGUAUCAGGUGCCUUUACCAGAGGAAAAAAUACGCUUUCAAAACUUACGGCGAAGGUCCUGAUGUCCGUGUCUGCGGAUGUGGAGAAUAUCUGCAGUUGAGACAUAUUGAGUAUUGUAUAAGUCAAUGUGAACAAAAGGCACUGUUUCAAGAAAAUCCGUUUAAGUUGGUAUCGAACCGUCAUUCCCUAAAAUAUUGCUCUAUUCACAAACAUGAUUUGAUUCAAUUCGAAUUGCCUUGUGACCAAACGGGGUGCAUCAGGUGCCUUUACGAGUUUAAAACAUACACUUUCAAACCUUCUAAUGAAGCGUCUGAUGCCAGUGUCUGCUCAUGUGGAGGAUAUCUGCGGUUGAGACAUAUAGAGGAAUGUAUAAGUCAAUGUGAACAAAAGGCAGUGUUUCAAGAAAAUCCGUUCAAGUUGGCAUCGAACCAUGAUCCCCAAAAAUAUUGCUUUGUUCACAAACAUGAUUUGAUUCAAUUCGAAUUGCCUUGUGACCAAACGGGGUGCAUCAGGUGCCUUUACGAGUUUAAAACAUACACUUUCAAACCUUCUAAUGAAGCGUCUGAUGCCAGUGUCUGCUCAUGUGGAGGAUAUCUGCGGUUGAGACAUAUAGAGGAAUGUAUAAGUCAAUGUGAACAAAAGGCUGCAGAUUUGAGGGUCUUCAGUCCUACGAAAGACAACAAUGGUUUCUCUAUACAUCCUGAUUCAGAGACCGCAGCAGUGUUGAGACAUACUUGGACCUAUAUAAAUGAUGAUGGUUCUUGCCCAAAGCACAACCACAGCAAGGUGUGCUUAAAACUUUCAUGCGGGAAGACUUUUUGUCAUCAAUGCAUUCAAACAUCAGUUCGCAUUCUGGAGAGCCCGCUCAGACGAGAGAAACAAGAUCACAUUAUAUGUAACUGUUCCGUUGGUCGAAUCCUCAAAAGUGAAAUCACGAGUUGGAUUGAAAACUUGCCAAAGUCUAUCACAGAAGCACGGAUUCUUCAACGAUUCAACCAAAAUAAAGAGUGCCCCGAACACCAUAUGGCUAUUUGUGCAAGGCUCCCCUGUGAUGUGCUCCUGUGUCGUCAAUGUAUCGUCAAAUUAAAAGAGGAAGCCAAAAUUCGCCAUACACGAGAACCCAUCAAUCGAAAACAACCGUAUGCAGCAGAUUGUACAGGUUGCAGUGAUAAAAUUCCUGGAGAAGUGCUGGAGUCAUUUCUAAAAGAGGGUCUUCAAGAUUUCCAACGUCACAACCGUAAAUGCUGGUGCAGGAAACACAAACACCAUAAGAUUGUCGUGACAACUUUAAAGAACGAUCUUCUAUGCAAGCUGUGUUUGGAGUUAGCCGUUGAAUCAAACUUUUCAUUAGAUGGAGAAAGUUGGAGUAUUGAGGAUUCUGCAAAACUUUUUGAAGACGCUCCACAUGAUGAACUGUUUAGUACCGUAAAAGAAAAACGACCCUGUGACUGCGGCACCUGGCAGGCUCAGGCAAAAUUACCAUGCGGCCUGUUGGUCUGCCAUCACUGUGUCUAUAAAUUGGAUCAGAAACAUCGCAAGACAGGGGGAUGUCUCUGCCCAAAAUGCAGCGAGGUCAUAGCAGCACAAAGUCUACAAAUGUUCUUGGAAAAGUAUGAUGAUUCAGAAUGCUAUGUGAACACUACUUCCAGGAAAGGAAAUUGCCAUGAACACAGACAUUGGAAGGUAUUUUGUGAAUCAAAAUUACUGGCUGAUGAAAGUUGUACGAAACCACUUUGUCUGAUGUGCAUUUGGAAGAAUAAGAAACUCUCAGAACUUCCAUCAAAUGUGCCACAUUUUCUACGGAAGGUCGAUCUUCAAAUGAAAGACUUGCAUGAAGCGCCUAAAUGCAACUCCACCAAACAGAUAUGUCAACGGCACAAACAUCACAAGGUGGUUUGUAAAGCUCCCUGUGGAGAAAAGUACUGUAUCCGAUGCUUUGAAGAAUUGCUGCUGUCAAAGGUAACAGAGCAAGUCAGAGUUGCACAUUUCAAUACCGAAUGCGUAGAAUGCAGGACAUGCACCGACGUCAUUCCAUUGGAAGUUCUCAAGACAACUAUUGCAACGUUCAUUGAAGGGGACAACGUUGAGAUAAAAAUCACUGAAAAAUGCAAAUGUUCUGACCCAAAGGAAGCUGCUAGUUUACCAUGUGGAGCUACGUUGUGCAAAAACUGCUUUGAAAAACCCCAAUGUACUGAAACAUUAAAUGUUUUGGGCAACAAAUGUGUAUUGUGCCCCGACCGCAACUGCAAUGACGUGAUUCCUAUCCAAACACUAGAGUCUCAUUUCAGUAAAAGAGAGCAGGAACUCAUUCCCAAAUAUCGUAGCUGGAAUCCAUCGAAGUGGUGCCGGACACAUCAGCAUCACAAGAUUUGCAUCACAGACGAUAAAGAUGCAUCGCUUUGUAAACUAUGCCUCGUAUCAAUUUUGAAAAUAUCUGCCGUGAAAUAUAUAAUAUUGGACGGGGAAAAAACACCAGCGGAUGCUAUCAAUACAUUGAUUAAGGAUAUAUCCGAAAUUGAAAUGUUUCUGGAACCGGAUUGGAAAAACAUCCCCUGCAGCUGUAAAUUAUCACCUGCACAUUUUCGGCUCCCCUGUGGUUUGUACAUGUGUGACCGAUGCCUCUUUUCCCUUGGACAAAAUAAUAAAGAAAAUGAGGUAGAUUGUCCAAAGUGCAGAGAAAAGAUACCACAUGCAUAUCUACAACAUAAAAUGGAAAAUACUGAUGCUUCAGCACUUUCACAUCCUGGCAUUGAGCAUGGCAAACAUUGCAAAAGACAUAAGCACUGGAAGGCGUGUUUGCAGUCAGAUUCAAAACAGCCAUAUUGCCUGAUGUGUAUUGAUUUCAACCGCAUGAAAAAGGGACCUUCAAUUUUGACAAUUGAAAACAACAAAAACAUUGAAAAGGUGCUGAUGUAUUAUACAACUUUAUCUGUUCCGAAUAGACCAACUGCUUGUAAAAAACACAAACAUCACAAGGUUGUUUGCAGUUUCCCAUGUGGCCCUUUCUGUCUACGUUGUAUUGAAUAUAUGGCAUCCCAGUCGACGACAGAUGUUCAAAUUGAAAAUGAGUCAAUAGCCUGCGUUAAGUGCACUUCAUGCAGAGAUAUGAUCCCAGUUGCAUUUCUAGACUAUAUCCAACAAAAACACGCCAAAGGAAAAGACAUAGAAAUAAUACCUGAAACGCACUCAAGAUGCAAAUGUGGAAAGGAAAGUUUCCUUCUUACGCUUCCCUGUGGUACAUCUCACUGUGAAGAUUGCUUCGUGCGAGCAAGAAAAAAAGGAACUGUGUUCACUCUUCAAAGCGAAUGUAUUCAGUGUCCAAACACAAAAUGUGAUGAUGUUGUUCCUAUCACUGCAUUGAAAUAUCAUUUCUCUGGAAACGAAAAGUCGGGCUUUGAGACAGGUACGAGAAGAGGGACGUCAGGAUAUAAAAAGGCACGCAUUGAUACACAAGUCAAAUCAAAAACGAUGUUUAUGAAAUUCAUUUGCGGUCACUUUAUCUGUGUUGAAUGCCAAUCACCAUAUGACAACUGUAGCGGCAACAAGCAUGAAGUAAAUGAUGCCGAAUUUUUGGAAGCAUAUCACGAUUUUGGAGGAACAGGUGCAAACGACUCAGAGGGUGCAGCUUGUUCAAGAAUGGAUGUUGUGACUUGUUACAUGUGCACAAAAAAAGGGUCACUCGUCAGUAAAUUGAACAAAAUCUACUACGAAAGACCUGUUCCAGGGUCACCACGGCCUAGUGAUCUUGGGGCACUUCCCAACAUCGGAUUUACAUGCUACGCAAACAGUAUAUUCCAGAUUCUCAACCAAACACCAGAACUAGCAGAUUGCCUGAAACAAGUUAAUAGAACAAUGCCAAAGAAAAGUUUAUCAGCGUUGCUUCUAAAGAUACUAGAAGGCAUCACCCACAACCGAGUACAUGCUCAGAUAGAACGUAUUGGAGAGCUCAUGCGCAGAGUUAUGGAAAUAGACGACUCAUUCAGGCUUUAUCACCAAAAUGAUUGUCAUUCAUUUCUGAUGUGUUUAUUAAAUGCUCUGAAGGAUACACAGACUGAUAAACGAGGAUGUGUUGCAGCUCCGUCUUCGCUUUUUGAAGGACGCAUGUGCAACGCAUUUCGAUACAAGCCAUGUAAUCACAGUGACGGAGGAACCAUUGAGGACUCCCAGAUAUUCUUCAGCCUAGUGAUUCCAGUGCCACAACAAGUGAAGGAGCGAUGGACUAUUGAAAAGGGUCUUGCGAAAAUGAUGGAGGAGGAAUUGUUUGACAAAAAUGUUCUUUCCUGCAGACAGUGUGAGACAACUGGCAAAGGUUCAAAAGACACUUGCACCAGCAAAACACUUGACAUUGUCAAGGCACCAAAGAGGUUGAUGUUGCAUAUUGGACGUUUCAAACAGGAUGAAGAUUACUUUCAAGGAAGAAUAUACAGAAAAAACAAUGACCCAGUUGUUUUUAAGGAGAUCUUGUUGCUACCAGUGGUUGAAAAUGGAAAGGAAAGAAAGAAGAGUUACGAGUUGUAUGGAAUAGUGUUACACAUGGGAGGCCUUGAGGGCGGUCAUUACUACUCCAUGGUGAAGAAGAAGGGUACAACACAAUGGUAUACUUGCAGUGACUCGUCUAUCUAUUCAACAAAAUUAGAAGAUAUCUUUCAUGAUUAUUCCGAAGUGUAUUCUAAGGCAUACCUAUUGUUUUACAAAGAAAUUUAAAAUGCAGCAUACAUCUUGCUAUGAGACAUGAGGGUGGUCUUUAAACAGUUAUCAGGAUAUGAAUACUGACCUUGCUAAACUUUUACAGCAGUUAUGCUGUUUUGUCUAGUAGUAAUCGAAAAUAUAUUGGUUCUACUUCCAGGAUUAAUGGAUAUAUGUUUCUUGAUAUGUAUACCUGCAAAACACAAUAGUUCAUUGCAGUUUACACCGUUGUAAGCGUCCGGUCGCUUCUAAUGGUGCCAUGGUGUUGCAUACUUUUUGAAUGUCAGAAUUCAGAGAGCUUUGUAGAUUCAUGUUCCAUGUACAUGUAUAAGCCAUUGAAAACAUUCAUACACUUGCUCAGUUGGUGAUUUGCAUACCAGAUUUUCCCCCUUACAAAGAAAGUAUGUGAAUUAUUUUUUAAAUCUCAUUCUAAACAGAGAAACUCCUAUGUAAAUAAAAUGCAGAUGAGAAGUUAUUUUUUUGUGCAUCUUGUACUUGAAACAUAACAUCAAAUGAAAUUUGUCCAUGCAUUCACCAUAUGACUAAAAUCAAAUACAGUUUACAUAACUUGCUGAUCUUACUUUUGUAUCAUUAUUUUGUUACAAACUAGGUCUCAUUGCCCGUAACAUGUAGAAUGUUUAACAGUAUUUGAGUAUUGGACUGGUUUAAUUAUGUACUUUGCUUUACCAUGUAGUAUAUGACUUUUAAUGAACAGUAUAUACAUAUAUUAGAUAGUAUGCAUUACUAUGUUCACCUCUGCAUCACAUUUAAUGCACCCGUUGAUGUGUAUUGGUACGUUUUAUAAGUGUUUUUAAAAAAAUGUAUAUAAGAUGUAAUAUAACAAUCUAUAUGAAGCUGAAAUUGUUGUAUAUGUUGUACAUAAUGUUGUAGAUAUCUUACAACUUUUUUCCAGAAUCCUUCUUUGUGUAUAAGUUAUGUUUUUGCUUUAUGAAACAUGUAUUUAUACAUUUUAAUUUUGCCUUAAUGAAGAGAUAAGUCAGUUCAUUCAUAUAUCUGAAUUUUUUUUCAUAGAAAGCAUCAUUUUGGAUAUCAUAAUUUUUGCACAACAGAACAUAUAUGACAAUAGCUAACUUGGAGAAAGAUGGUCACUUUUGUAUUAAUUGAUUUGGAGUCCCUGCUCCAGGAAUUUUCUGUAAACAAUAAUAAGCAGUUCCUUGUGAAAUGUGUGAGGUACAUGGAGUAACUAUAACAGUAACUGUAACACUGUCAAAAUGUUCCUUAUAAUUCUUUUGAUUUUCUGUGAAUGAAGCAAUAGAAUUAUUAAAUACAGGUGAAGAUUGAUUGUGGAAAUAAAUGCAAUUACUUUGUUAUAAUCUGUUUAAAAUGUUCUAUAUGAUCAGUGAAAGUUUAAUGAUGUAAAUAAUUGAGCGAGUUUUGUAAAGUCAUUGCUUUUGCUCAUGUAUUUGGUCGUGUAUCUUCAGACAAUAGGAAGUGUAAAUACAAUGUGUGCUAAUUUGUCUAUUUAUAUGACAGUAAGUGACGUUUUUUUGUACAAAACUGGAAUGUUUAGCUUACUGAGUCAACUUAAGCUUGCAUGGUUUUACAUAAAGUUUACUGAUACAUAUCCUUUCAAAUACAAAAAAAACCCAAAACGUUUGGAUAUUGUAAAUAUUGUAAAUUAAGAAAAGUAAUGACUGGACUGAAAGUUUUAUCUCACCACCUCAGUGAGAACAUGUAAUUUUAGGCUUUGGAAGAUAACCUCCAUUGCAUUAAUGAAUGUAGCAAGUUUUCUGAUGUUAGAUUGUGUUCCUUUUAUUCCAAGAAGAUAUUAUCAUUAUCCAAAUAGGGUAAAUUUCUAUUUUUCCUUCAGAAAAUGUGAUUGUUUUAAAGAAAUUUAACAAAGUUUGUUUUUAUGGUUUUUAUGAAAUGAGAAAAGAGGACCUGUUUAACAACUACUGGGUAAACAUGUCAGAUGAAGUUUGAUUUUUUGUUCCUGGUCAAAUGGCCACUGACGCAGGUUUAUUCUGAAAAAUACCCCUCAAAAGUUCAGAAACAGUGAAAGAUGUCAUGCUCUAACUGAUGCUGUGGAUACUAAUUCAUACAUACAAAAAAUGUAGUGUCUUAAUGUCCAUGAGUUCAUGAAUGUACCCUUUGUAACUCAACUAUUCAAUUAAAUAUAUUUACAUUUUCUCUGCAUCCUUCUAUUGUAAUGCAUUGCGAAGGCAAAUGUUUUUAUGAGACUAUCACAUCAUUUGCUAUUGUAACGUCAUCAAUCUCUAUUGUGACGUCAUCAAUUUCAUUGUUGUCAACACUUGAUUUGCUGUUCAAAAUAACUAAAUAAAGCAUAUCUAUCAGGCUUUAUUAAGUUUGUCAUCGUUAGCAAAGUGUGUUAUUAUAAAAAGACCAUAACCACAUUUGCUUAAACAUUCAUUGCUUAAGUAUUUGUGCUUGUUACCGUAUGAUGCACAAAGGCACCUUUGCCUAUUGAUGUAACCAAUUAUUGGUAGCUGAAGAUAUUAUAUUUCACAAACACAGAUUUAUAAUAUAUUUCUGUUCAGAAUUACUGUUAUUUGAUAAAUACCAUCGAUGAGAAAAGCAAAUGUAUAUUAGUUUAGUUACGUACAAUUUCAAUAUAACAAUACUUCAUUCCUGCAAUUUUUUGUCAAUAUUAUGAUGGACCUUUUAUCACCUGUUGAAUCUUGUUAUAGUAUUACAAGCAAUUUUCAGACU